AUGAGCGAGACAUCAAUAAUCACAAUAGACCGCUUCACCUGCAAAGUUGACGACUAUUUCAUCUGUAUGAGCUGCAAACAUGUAUCAGUCGACCCUUUAGAAUGCUCUGUAUGUGAAAACCUAGCUUGUGCAGACUGUAUAUCCAAACUUGAUAUGUGCCCACAGUGUAAUAACCAAAUAAAGCCGCGCACAACCUCAAAGUAUGCUCUGCAGUACUAUAAGAAACUUACCUUGAAAUGCAUAAAUUCCGCCAAUGGCUGCUUAUUGGAAGGACCAAUUCAUGAUGUUUUGGAGCACGAAAAAACGUGCGAUUAUGAAGUUUUCAUAUGCUCAAGCCCUAUCUGUCGCAAAAAGCUGCUUAAGCUUGAAAGAUAUUGUCUGUCGCCGAUGGUUUGUUCAGAAUUGUGCAAAAAAGUAUGCAAUUUUAAUAAAAUUUUGGAUGCUCAGAUCAGUGAAGACGAAAUUCUGCAAGCUUUUAAAGGGUUUUUGAUGGAAAGCCAGUCAGAAGUUAUUAAGGAGAGAACGAGAAAGAUAAGGGAAGAGAUUGAGAGGCUUGAUAAGGAGCUUGCAGAUAAGGAAAAAUAUGAAAAAGAGGAAGAAGGGCUACUGCAAGAGCUUGAAUUGAGGAAGGUCAAUUACCAUCCUGGGAAAUGGAGUGCGCAAGGAAGAUAUUGGACUUGCUGCCUUUCGAAAAACAAACUGGAAAUUGGAUGUAGGCCUCUAUAG